CCAUUAUUAAUUCAACAAAGCUCAACAUCAUUUGGUGUCAUCUCGAUCAACAAUGAAGUUGGUAUUCUUUACAGCGUUAGGUUUGGUUUUUUUGUUUAAUGGUGGUAUCCAAGGGCUGCCAAGAGAUAAUCUCCCACCGGCUAUCAGGUGCCCCGAUGAUAUGGUGGUGAAUUCAAGGCAGAGUUCAGCGAUUGUUUGCUGGCCAUUUCCCAAAGCUACAGACGAAUCCGGUAAACCAUCGGUAACAUGCUCGCACAAAGCUGGUYUACAAYUGCAAACUCCAAGUACAACGAUYAUCAAAUGUGAAGCUAAAGACGCAGCCGGGAAUAAAGCCUCUUGUAGCUUUAAAAUUGACGUUAAAGAUGUUGCUCCGCCAAAGAUAAUCUGCCCUGCUGAUCAGGAAAUCAGCACUGAUUCAAGAACUUUUAGAAUCAACUGGAACAACCCUAAGGUAUCUGACAAUUCAAACAUGCCCCCUAGUAUUCAGUCGACUCUUCGACGCGGCUCAUUGGUCCAUGUUCCAGGUGUUUACCCAAUAUCAUACAGAGCGAUCGACGCCUCGGCAAACCAGGCUUCUUGCGACUUCCACAUCAAACUCACAGUCCCUGAUUGUAAACUAAAGAUCCCUCCUCCGGUUAAUGGCGCUGUAGCGUGUUGGAAUUAUCAAGGAAACAACGUAUGCACAGUUUCAUGUAACAGCAACUUCGACUUUGCCUUCAGACCAGCAACAGUGUACCACUGUACCCGCGGGAAGUGGAGCACAUUUAGUAUAUACGGUGGAAGUAAUAGUGCCAAGUGGCCAGAUUGCACAGUCAAAUCCUCAGGAAUUAAAAAGAUGCCAUUGCCGCAAUUCUAUUACACAGGAGAUUCUAAAAAUCCUAACGUCAUUGCUAAAAUAAAACAAAAUAGCAUCGCGCUACUCAGCCCUCCGUACUCUCCACCUUUCUUCUGCAUAAUGAAUCCAAACUGCAAUGUCCAACAUAUCCAAGUUCAUGCCGGCAAGAAAUCAACGACAUGAUUUUAUGUUCUUGAAUUCAAAUGAAUAUGGGAAGGAUGAUUAUCGAUUAAGAUAAAAUUUAUCAGUAAAAAAAUAACUGUAGCGGAUUAUAAUGAGCUAUUAAAGCAUAAAUAUUGGGGUUGCCAAA